ACGGAAAACGUGUGCCUACUUUCACUUUACCAAAUAUUGUGAUGAGAUUUUCAUUACGAUCCGUGUCGCAUUGUGGCUGUCGAGUGGGAACACUCUCGUGUACAAGAGCGGUGAAUGAUGGAGAGAACAAAGAAGUGGAAACCCCUCUGUGUACACUCUAUACGAAAAAGGGCAGUGCUCCAUAUCUUUCAGUUGACAUGCUGAAAAGAAUUGAAAAAUUACCUCCCAUUGCAAACAUGCAUUUAUCUUCUCUGGCAGAUUAUACAGAAGCUUUAAAUAAGUUCCAGCAUGGUGUUGACCAGUUUACAGCAUUGCAGGAUUUUUUGGUGUACAUCUCUGUACAUGACACAGGUAUAGAGAUCCCCUCCGGAUACAACACAAAGGCAGGCACAGCUGUCUGGAACAAAGCUGGCAAGAAACUGAUAGAGCCCCAGCAGUUUGUGAAAUGUCAGGAGGCCUUCCGUCCCACUUUCUACCAAGCCCUGUCUGACAGUGACACUGACAAGAAUUCUGGGAGGAAGCGUGCAAUGAAAGCUGUGGACCGGACACUUGACUUCCUGGACACGAUACUAGAACUACAUAAAAAGUCAGAGAGACUGCGAGAUGUGGGUGUGUUUGGUUCUGUGGAGGGGGGAUUCCAUGAGGAGGCAAGAAUGAGGUCGGCCAGGGAAACAGCUGCAAGGAAUGUUGAUGGAUUUGUAAUAGAAGGUUUUUAUGCACAGAAUGAGAAAAAUAAACAAAUAGAUGUUGAAGAAAUAAAAGAUUUAUGCAACAAAGUGUUUAAAAUUUUGCCGGAGGAAAAGCCAAGACUUAUGCACGCUGUUUGGUCACCUGAUCAGGUUGUUAUGGCGUUGGAGCUUGGCAUUGAUGUAUUUGACAGCUGUUACCCAUGGCUGGUCACAGAGAGGGGUGGGGCCCUAGUCUUCUCCUUCCAGUAUGACAACAAUUCGGAGAAUGAAAGAGAGGCUAGGUCAACUGAUGGGUUCGAAAUCUCCUUGAAAGAUAAAAGCAUGUUUGAGGACUUCGGAGCCCCUGUACCUGGCUGCUCUUGUUACACCUGUCAGAAUUUUACACGGUCCUACAUUCACCAUCUCCUGAACACCUCAGAGCUCCUAGCUCCAGUCCUCCUGAUGAUACACAAUUUUCAUCAUUACUUCGAAUUCUUUGAAUCCCUUCGCUCAUCAUUGAAGACUGACCAAUUCCUGAAACUAAAGACAUUGAUUCUAGAACAAAGGCCACCACAAGAGCCACCAAUGACACAGUUACAGGCAGGAAGGUGUGACAAAAUAGUGAGAAGCAGUCCUGGGACAGGAUUCCUUGUGACACAAUUAUCACCCAGAGGGGCCACAAAAUGGUGGGGGAUUAUUCUGAUUAGAGGGGAGGUCCCAGUAAAUUACACCAGUUAGUUUUACAUAAAUCAGAAAUUGCUGUUUUUUAAAUAAACACUGGAAAGGAAUAAGUAAUGUUCCUUAGAUAAAAAAAAAAAUCAA